CAGCCCCUUCACCCAACCGGGCCGCGAAGCCCGCGUCGAAGGGUCUUCGGCUCAACCGAAUCCUCCCCGCGCCCGGCCGCUCCUCGUCGACGCCGCCGACCAACACGACGUCUAGUAUCACCCCACGCCACCACCGAAUUCCCUCUCGCCGAGCAACACGCAACCCUCCCGAUGCCGCCGCCGGACUCCGCCUCCACGCGCUCCUCCCUCCCGCUCGCCGCCACCCUGAUGACGGGCCCGACCCCCUCCCCGACCUCCGCCGCGCCGCCUCCCAACCCCCUCGCCGCGGCCUCCUCCUUCCUCCACCACCACCUCUCCCGCCUGGCCUCCCACCUCACCGCCCCGCGCCCGGCCCUCGCUGCGGCGGCGACCCGCGCGCCGGGCCCCCAGGGAGCAUCGCUCUCCCUUGCGCUCGCGCCCGACGAGGUCGCGCGCGCGCUAACCGGCACGCCCGUCUUCACGGUCUGCAACUCUAACAACGAGUUCGUGCUCGUUUCCGACCCCGGCACCGGCCUCCGCUCCCUAGGCCUGCUUUGCUUCCGUUCCGAGGACGCCGAUGCCCUCCUCACACAUGUGAGGACGCGGCAACCGGUGCUAGGGAGGGGAGCGAAAGUUGUGCCUAUUACACUUGAUCAGGUUUAUAUGUUGAAGGCCGAAGGUAUCGCAUUUCGGUUCUUACCUGACCCACUUCAAAUAAAGAAUGCACUGGAGUUGAAAUCAGGCUUAACUGGUUUUGAUGGUGUUCCUGUUUUUCAGUCAGAUCUGCUGGUUGUGAAAAAGCAGAAGAAGCGAUACUGUCCAAUAUAUUUUCAAAAGGAAGACAUAGAAAGGGAGCUUACAAAGGCGUCUAAAUCUUCAAGAGGGUCAGCCUUGUCUAAGAAAAUUAUGGUUGGGAGUUUGGAGGAUGUCCUGAAGAAAAUGGAGAUAAGCGAGAGAAAUUCAGGUUGGGAUGAUUUGAUCUUCAUUCCCCCUGGGAAGAGCCUCAACCAACAUAUCAAUGAGGUAUCAGCGUGAUUUUGUUCCACGGUGAUGGCUCAGAGUUUGAACACGACACCAUUCACUUGAAAUGCUGUGAUGGCCAGCCAAUCAAAAAAUGUCAAAUAGCUGCCUGAGCUUUCUUUUUCUUUAUAUUUAUUAUUUUGGUUAGCCUUGUCAAGGAAUUUUUUCAUCAACUAAUGAAAAUAUGGUUGUGAAAUAGUUUCUAAAUUAUUUCUAUUCACAAACACUAAUGCGUGUUCCCCAGGAAGACUGAUAAAAGUUUGGAUCGUAAAUGGCUAGAUUGCCUUGACAUAUCUUGUUUUA